CCAUAAUUAAAUUAUGUGAGUUUGCAGUAUAAUGCAAAUCAGCACUAAAUUAAUUCAUACAAAAAUCAUUUUCUCCGAGGUUUUUCGACUCUCCGUGAUACAUGUAAACACGCUUCAAUGAUGCCAGAGACGUAAAGCAAAACAAACGCCAUAACCAAACGACUUAAAAGUUGAUAAAGUGUUGUGAUUGGAUGGCAACUUUGUUUGUCAAAAUACACUGCGACAUGAUUGGCUGCCCCCGAUUGGGCGGCUUCCGCGUAGGACGAAACUGCUAGUCCUCGUGACGUGCUAUCACAGUCACAGCAAUAGUUCUACAAAUUUAAGGAAAUAAACAUACAAUUGAAUUCAGCAGAAGUUUUUCAUACUUAGUCGGGGCAAUAAAAUCAGACCUGAAAUACGGGUCUGUCCCGGAAAUAAUGGUUCUGCUAUAUGAAUAAAUGUAAACAUACUUUUGUUUUGUUUAAGAAUAGCUAUGUACAAAUCGCCUCAUGUUCAAUUUAUUUAACUGUUAGCAUGUAGCCUAAACGAUCUGACAGUGCCUUUGCCCACGUAUACGGUCACUGCGCAUUAUGCGCAAGUCUCGUUUCCUCAUCCACCCAGUUUAGUUUCGUUUUCUCCAAAGCGAAGCUGUCUGUCAACGAUCCCCAUACUCGCUGUCAUCAUGGCCGAAAACAUGUCUUUACUGAGUCUCGAGGACGAUUUGACCUGCAGUAUCUGUUUGGGUUUAUUCGAGAACCCGGUGAGUUUGAUCUGUGGACACAGUUUCUGCGCCAACUGCCUCGAAGCGACAUGGAACGACAGGACAACAUCGAUGUUUUGUCCUCAUUGCCGAAUGCCGUUCAGCAGUAAACCCGGGCUGAAGAAGAACACGGUCCUCAGCGCGGUGGUGGACGCUUAUAGAGUGAAGGCGGGUGUGCCUGACCCAGUAAUGGAACAUGUUGAGGAAACAAGAACGGAUCCAGACCAGAUCAAAUGUGAUACAUGCAUGGAGGCCGAAGCUGUGAAAACUUGUCUGACGUGUAUGGCGUCUUACUGCGAGGAUCACGUCAGGCCUCACCGGGAUAAUGCCAUAUUCCGGGCGCAUCAGCUCUCUGACCCGCUUCCUGAUCUGCUGGAGCGUCUUUGUCCCGAUCACAGCAAACUCAUGGAGUUUUACUGCACUCAUCACCAGUGCUGUAUCUGUAGCACUUGCCUACAGUAUGAACAUAAGGGCUGUGAGUUCACCGGCACAGAUGAACAGCGCCACAAACAAAAGACUGGCUUCAUGGACAAGCUGAACACUCUCGAUGUCAAAAUAGACAAGAAUCAGCAGGUCGUCUUGCAGAUGAAGGAGCAACAAAACAAAUUAAAGGAAUUGGUUCUAACCCGCAAACGUAUUCUUGAGGGAGAAUACAGAAAGAUCAGAGAAUUGAUUGACAGAGAUGAGAUGGAGGCCAUGCUAGCCAUUGAUAAGGAACAGGAGAAGGGCCAGAACAGACUGGUUUCCUUGAUGAAGAAAUUCAACGAGAACAUCGAUAGGAUGAGCAGUACCAAAUCUGAGAUCAACAGUUUGCUGGACCAGUCACACUCACUUACCUUCCUAAAGGCCUCUGUGGAUUUGCCUUCAGUGGUUAAUUUUGAGCCCUAUAAUCCUCGCAUUAAUGUUGAUAGUCAAGGAGUAAUAGCUCAUCACUCAUCUGCGGUUGGACUAAAGGAAUGGAUCACUAAACUACUGGAGUUACCAGCAGAGAAAAGAAUUCCUUUACUUCAAGCAGGGUUUAGGGAACCAGGUUUUUGCAUUGGACCAAUCCUUACUCUCGGAAACCAAUCCUCAAUUCCUACAGUUCAACCAAAUUUCACUCAACCAAGGCCCUUUAUGCCACCCAGACAUGUGAGGUCUCCUAGUCCAGGAGCUCCUCUCAGAGCCAAAGCUUCAGGAGCUAAAAAGAAAGAUCCACACAGCAAGAGUCAUGCUAAUACAGACCAGAAAGAUCAGAGAGAGCGUAAAGAGCGAAAGGAUCGUAAAGAACAAAGCCCCAACAGAGUUGAUCAGAAAGAUUUUGAGCAAUGGCGGCAGGCACUCCAAAAUACAUUUCAAAAUACACCUGCGAGAUUGAUGACAGGGGUAUCAGUUCCUGAUGGUUCAUUGGCAGGGGAUGGGUUUGCUAAAAGGAGUGACCUCCUUAAAUAUGGAACCAUCCUCAGUUUUGAUGUCAGAACGACUCACAAGCGGAUUGUGCUCUCUGAAAAUGACACCAAAGCCACAGUCACAGAUGAGCCCACCAACUAUUCAGACAUUCAUACUCGCUUUGCUGUUUGCUCUCAGGUGCUCUGCACAAAGGGCUUUUCUCAGGGGCGCCAUUACUGGGAAAUCAAAAUGAGCAGCAACAACUUCUGUGGAUUGGGGCUUGCAUAUGGUACAAUCGACCGAAAGGGUCCAUCCAGUCGUUUGGGCCGUAAUGCGGAAUCCUGGUGUGUGGAAUGGUUUAACGUGAGGCUUUCUGCAUGGCACAACAGCAUUGAGACCGUGUUGGAGAAUCCAAACCCCAGCCGUGUGGGCAUCCUGCUGGACUGUGAUGAGGGAAGUGCAACAUUCUAUAACGUGAAGGACAGGGCUUUUCCCUUUCACACUUUUGUGUUUCCUUUCUCUAAGCCUGUGUAUCCAGCUUUCUGGAUCUUCUCAAACGGCUCUAAUGUCUCUCUGUGCAAGCUCACUAGCUAAAUUAUACAUAGUGAACUGAUGAUUCUUGAUGUUGAUUAUUUUUUGUGUAAUAAAUUGCUUGUUUAGUGAUUCUAAUACGGGUUUCUUUCAAUAGAACAUGUUAGCCGAGCUAAUGUUCAUGCAAAAUAAAAAAGUGUUUGAUAUUUUCAGGAUCCGUUUUAAAUUGAAUCAAAAUUAAAUUAUUUUGUGAGAAUAAAUACAUGCUACAAAUUAAAAUGUAAGAAGAUCAGUUGUUUGGACAACACUCAGUUAUAGUUUAGUGGUUAAAAGUACAAAUGUAUCUUAAGAUAAGCAUUCCAUAAUUUUAUUAUAUAAACUUUGAUUUGUUAUUCUGUAUAUAUGGGUAUGAUCGCAUGAACACCUUUAAUUUCAUCAGUUUGUGCACUUGGUUCAUAGUGCAUGCCAUAAAAUAAAAGCCUGCGGGUGGUGUCAUGAGAAAUGUGUAGCACAGUUAAAAUGAAAAGCCAGAUCACAUUUUAUCUGUGAUUAUGCUAAAUUAAAUUAUUGUUAAAUAAAAGGAUUUAUGUUGUGGAAUAUGAUGGACUAUUACUAUAUGUAAACACUUAUUUGGAUUGUUUUUCAAAGUGAAAAAAUAAUAAUAAAACAAAAUAGAAUGUGGCAGAAUUACAUGAUUAAGAUUUUUUCAUGCUGCAUGUCUAAUAUCAGAAUAUGUAUGUAAAUAAUUGUAAGUCUCUGUUGUGCUAUACUUGUGUCCUGCUGCAUAUGCAUAUGAUUUUUGUGAUUAAUGAUUAAAGGUUUAUUGUUGUUGGUGGCUCA